UCAUCGUUUUUCCGUCUUUUCCACAAGAAUGAUGGAAACAUUCCUGAAUACAUUUCACAAAUUCGUAUUCGUCCAGACGUGGUUUUCUUCACGAAGAACACUCUCGGAUGUUAAAACCAUGGGCUGGAAAUGAAAAUCGAACAUCAGUUCGAAUGCAGCUACUUGUUAUAGCCUCAACGUUGACGUACCAAUGUUUGACAUCCAGCAUACUGCGACUGCAAGAACAUUGGUCUACACUGGCAUAUUGUUUCUCAGUCAUGAGUAAAUAUUGGCAAAAAGCAUUUGGCUAGGCACAAUUGACGGUUACACAAGUCUUGUGCUAGUACCGGAGAGCGACACCAAUUGGACCAGUAGGGGAAUGUUACCUAGAUAUCCAAUGAUUGAGGAAACGGAGCAAAUCUCUUUCCACAUCGCUAAUGACAAUUCUGGUGCCGAAGAGAGUUCCGAUCCCGGUACCAGGAUUUUGCUGGACAUCAAUAGUCACAAAACCAAUGUUUGUGUUACACCAUCAGAACAAUUAAACAAUGAAACAUCAAGAAUGAAUUCAAGUUCUACGUUAUCGAAUAAUCGAGAAGAUUUGGGCCUCGGGAUUCAAGAAUGUCCAGCGGCUUUGAAAAUGAAUGCCUCGUCAACUUCAGCCCGCGUAGAAGAACAGCGUUUAAGAAUUAACCGGACGGUUUUCUUGUGGUCCAGCUUUAUUUGCUUCAUUUUUCUGGUCGGUGCCAUCUCAUUAGGGGUUAUAAUUUGGAACAAAAAUCAAACAACCAUACGGAACCCUAUACGCCCGUUACCUGAAUUACAAACGCGGUCAUGGCCAAAGCCAGUUCCAGAUUUGUUUUGCCAUAAUCGGUCCACGGUGGGUUUCUUAUCCGAUCUAUUUAUGGCUGGCUAUGACAUUACACGUACCAACCCAUUUCGCAAGCAGAUCUUUGGAAGACCUUUGUUGGAGCACACUUUGUUGCAUGAAUGUCGCCUAUCACCUGACCCACAACGCUGUCAACCUAAUGUUGAAUCUGUCGUCAUUGACAGUUUCAUAGCUUAUCAACAGUGGGCUAGCCGUUACAUAACAUUCUCUCCAACCAAAGCCGAAGAGCUAGACGAAUCCGUCCUUACGGCUGCUGUUUCUAGCGCUCAAGACAGCGAUUUGCUGAGCAUCCAAGCCGCAUUGAUGUCGGGUAACCUGGUUAUUAUGACUCACAUCAAAUGUCCUCACGUGAACGCCUCAAGGACUCGUGCACCUAUUAUUAUGUCCGAGUACGCUCAUAGACUACGUUUGAUGAUGCUUACGAAAACGGAGGAAGAAGAAGAAAUGGUUGAAUGGGCUGAAGAUUUUGGAGGGCAUUUUGUUGACCGAGUGACUCUUGGAGCUGAAAUCAUUAUUCGUUUUACGCUCAGCAGAAAAACGAUUGAUUUCUUUAAAAGAAAGAACCUUAGCUUUGACAUGCAGGCCACAGCGAGCGCACUUUACAUUUUGUCUCGAAACAAUAUUUCCGUUAACAUUUCCAAAACGAACCAAAAGGUAGCAAGGGAUUUUGUAGCAGCCGCUCAAAUGCAAAUUUACUCGGGUACUGCACUAUCCGCGCCGCUGUCUGAUUUGCAAGCAGCCGAUCAAUGGGUUCGUUCAGCCAUGAAACACUUUACUGUAAUCAGUCUACAACUAAAGCCUAUGGAACAGCUCUUCAUCCAAUUGUUUCAAAAUAACACCUCAAAAAUACAAGAGAAAUGGCAAAGAAGCCGAAAAAGGAUAUGCCACCAAUUUUUGCCACUCGCGUUGAAUGGCAAGUGCGGAAACCCCAACAACAGUAGUUCUACAUCUCUUCAACGACCAAUGCAGCACACCAAUCAUCCGGACAACGAACAAUUCAACGUUUUCGUACUUCCAUUACUUCAAAUUUGGACCAAUCGAAGUACUGUUUGCCUCCGCGCUUCCUGGAAUCAUUGCUUGGAAUUAUGCCGUAAUGAUCCUCUAUGUUCGGCAGCCACCGUUUGUCUAACUUCAAAUGCUGCUGUUUACCAAUCAACAGAUACAAAUACUGCGCCUUCAUGCCCAGCAGAAUUUCGAAAUUGCGAUUGUGCUCUUCAUCGACAGCAAGAUUUCAGUCAUGGUAUUGUAUCACCGAGGGUGAUAACGCUGGUUCCGGAGCGGCAAGAUUUGCGACCGGUGACACUUCGCGGAUUCGCAGUGUAUGGGCAAACGCUAUUGUUGGUCGAUAGGAUGCCUGAUGUAGCCUCAUGCGCACGUCUCUGCAGCCGAACAGCUGCAUGCCAAAUUGCUUCCUUUAGUCAAUACGAUUUAGGCCAACACAAAAUUUGUAAGCUUUUUAGCAACAUGACUGGAAAUGAGCUAAGAAGAAAAGGGCGAGCCAUCACAGUAUUUAUGAUGGCUACCUUUACACCAUGUUUCUCUGGCGAAAUAGAAUCUGGGAGGACCAGCUGCCCGUCUAAUGCAAACUGCUCUUCCUUCUAUGGAAUGUGUGUUUGUAUGCCUGGUUACUUCAAAAACGGAAGCACUUGCCUUUCCCGUAAUCACGACUACCAAUACGAAGCUGACGACGGUUUACAGAAAGCUCUUCCUGAGAAUAGCGUUAUCGUUAACGAUGACUUCAAUAGGAAAGAUCAAGAGAUGGAUCAAAUUCAUGGAAAUCAUCAAAUUUCUUCGUUUUUGAACAAGCCUCCUACACAAGACGCUUCGCUUUGGUCUAAUGUUCAAAAAGUGAAAGAAAACUUCACGUCGAGUGCUACCCAUGUAUUAACUACUGCCUCUUAUGCAUCAAGCACUAUAGCGAUCAUGCACAUGGAAACUGCUGGACCAAACGCUAAUGAAAUUCAAACGACUACCAAUCAGCAAGACCGAGUGUCUAAUACCGAGGAUCCCACUGCCGUUAUUGCAGGGGUAACCGUAUCAACGCAUCGUGAUCCUAAUAAAAACAAAAUGACAUACUCAACCAUGCAUAGCAAAUCUUCCUAUGUACCGUGGCAAAUGAGAUCCUGGAAUAGUAGGGCUACCACAGCUUGACAGUGAAGAUCAUUAACGGGAAUCAUACCAGGCCAUAACAAAAUGAAAUUUCCUUUGUAAAUCUAAUUCAAAAAUGAAAGCACCUUCAUCUUCGAUAUUUAGCACAAAGCUGUAACCAAUCCCGAUGGGGAUUCUACCUGCGAAAACUCUACUGGGCGAAAAAGGACACCAUUGUUACUGUUCUCCGAUAUUAGAUGGCGAUUUCGUUUCUCGCGAGAUGGCAUUGGCGUUUCAAUUCUAAUGUCGGUAUCCUGAUGUAAAUGUCAUUCUGAAAUACCUGUUUCCAGCAGUGUGCCCUUGAAUUUU